UGAAAAUGAAACAGCGCCGUCCUCCUUUCCCACUGAUGUUCGUGAUCUACUGCUUUUGCACCGCACAGUUCACCUCAGGAUUUCCUCAACCUUUUGCUGGCUAUCUGAGUGAAUCAGACAUUCCGAAAAAUGAGAGACUGGCACUUUGUUUCAGUCAAUGGACAGAACGGUCUGAUCAGCCCCAGAUCUCCAGUUCUGUUAUGGAUCUCUGUAACUCCAUGUUUAAUACCAUGCAGAUAAAUGAGGAAAAUAUACAAGAUAUAUAUAAAAGAUUUUUAUUUCACUACUCCAGAGCUCAAGAUCCAACAUAUCCUCUUAAAGCUGGGGAAUCACAGAUGGCUGCUGCAGAAGUCACCAUGAAGGAUGAUUUGGAUACCUUGGGACGACCCUUUUUUCUUUUCAGGCCUCGAAAUGGAAGGGCAGUGGAUGGUGGAGGAAUCUAG